UGAACGGUUAACCCAUCAGAAGAGAGAGAAGGAGGAGGAUAUGGCUAGCAAAAUGCUUCGUCUUCAUGCUUGUCUUUUUCUUCUUCUUCUUUCUAUCAAUGGCUUCAUAUGUUCUUCAUCAUCAAAGGUCUAUGUGGUUUACAUGGGAAGCAAAGGAAAUAAUGUCGACCCAGAUGAGAUAUUUAGACAAAACCAUCUUAUCCUAACUCAUAUUCACAAUGGAAGUGCUGAAGAAGCUCAAGCAUCUCAUGUUUAUACCUAUAAACAUGGUUUCAGAGGGUUUGCAGCCAAACUAACAGAGGACCAAGCCAAAGAAAUGGCUACUAUGCCUGAAGUUGUAUCUGUUUUCCCUAAUGAGAAGAGGAGAAUCCAUACAACUCAUUCUUGGGAUUUUAUGGGAUUAAAUAAAGAAGAAGCCAUGGAAAUUCCUCCUUAUUCUACUGAGAAUCAAGUUGAUGUUAUAAUUGGAUUCAUUGAUACGGGGAUUUGGCCGGAAUCUGCUAGUUUUAACGAUGAAGAUAUGCCGCCGGUUCCAGCUGGAUGGAGAGGGCAAUGCCAAAAUGGGGAAGCAUUUAAUGCUUCAUCUUGUAACAGGAAAAUUAUAGGAGCAAGAUAUUAUAUGAGUGGCUUCGAAGCCGAAGAAGACAAAGAAACGACGUCGUUUAGAUCUCCGAGAGACAGUUCAGGUCACGGAACUCACACAGCCUCAACCGCCGCAGGUAGACUAGUAAAUAACAUGAACUACAAUGGCCUGGCCACAGGCGGGGCUCGGGGAGGGGCGCCUAUGGCCAGGAUAGCUGUUUAUAAGACAUGUUGGGAUUCUGGUUGCUACGACGUUGACUUAUUAGCUGCAAUCGAUGAUGCCAUUAGAGAUGGAGUUCACGUACUUUCGCUCUCGUUAGGACCCGAUGCUCCUCAAGGCGAUUAUUUUGGAGACGCCAUAUCAAUUGGAUCGUUUCAUGCGGUUAGUAGAGGGAUAACAGUUGUAGCUUCGGUUGGUAAUGCGGGUUUUUUGGGAUCAGCGACGAAUCUCGCCCCGUGGAUGAUUACGGUUGGGGCGAGUUCGAUGGAUAGAGACUUUGUGGCUGGUAUUGAGCUCGAGAAUGGCUAUAAAUUUACGGGGGAGAGCUUGAGUUCAUUUGAGAUGAAGGAAUUUAAGAAGAUCAUAUCAGCUUCUGAAGCAAAUGCUGGGUAUUUCACCCCUUAUCAAUCCAGCUUCUGUUUAGAGAGUUCUUUAAACAGUACAAAGGCUAAAGGGAAGAUUUUGGUAUGCCAACAUUCGGGUAGUUCAUCGGAGUCGAAGCUAGCGAAAAGCAAAGAAGUGAAGAAAGCUGGAGGAAUUGGAAUGAUUCUCGUAGACGAUGUAAAUAAGGAAGUUGCUAUUCCUUUUGUAAUUCCAGCAGCUACGGUUGGGAAAAAUAUUGGCGAUAAGAUAUUGGCUUAUGUUAAUAAUAAUACACGGUUUGCUAGAGCUCGUAUAUUGUCUGCCAAGACGGUUUUUGGUUCAAAAUUGGCACCGAGAAUAGCUUCAUUUUCGUCGAAAGGACCGAAUUCCUUGACACCCGAGAUUCUAAAGCCUGAUAUAACUGCUCCUGGAUUGAAUAUACUGGCUGCUUGGUCUCCAGCAAAUGGAAAAAUGAAUUCAAAUAUUUUAUCGGGGACUUCAAUGGCUUGUCCUCAUGUAACGGGGAUCGUCGCUUUGAUCAAAGCUGUUCAUCCAUCGUGGUCUCCUUCUGCGAUCAAAUCGGCUAUAAUGACAACUGCUAGGGUCAGAGAUAAGUACCGAGAGCCCAUCACAGUUGAUCCCGAAGGAAGAAAAGCGAAUGCAUUCGAUUACGGAGCUGGCUUCACAAAUCCAACCAAAGUCCUAAGCCCGGGUCUCAUAUACGACGCCCAAGCAUCCGACUACAUAUCAUUUCUUUGCUCAAUCGGAUAUGAUCAACGAAAACUUCACCUAAUCACAAGAGACAACAGCAGUUGUGACAGUUACCCAUCUUUAUCAUCAUCUGCAACUAACCUUAAUCAACCGUCGAUCACCGUACCCAAUCUGAGAGGAAACAUAUCAAUAAAUCGAACGGUGAAAAACAUCGGAGAUCCAAAGAGCGUUUAUAGAGCAGUUGUGUAUCCGCCUGAAGGGAUUAAUGUAACUGUUUUUCCAAAACGGUUGGCUUUCAGUAGAUACGGGCAGAAGAUGAACUUUUCAGUUUAUUUCAACGUUGAAGAACCAAUAGAAGGAUACAGGUUCGGGUUCUUGACAUGGAGAAAUAGACAAACGCGAGUUACUGUUCCAUUGGUUGUCCGAGCCUCGAAUUCAGGUUCGGGUUUGCUAAGAUAAAAAGUUUGGGAAUUGUUUUGUUAGUAGUCAUCAGUAAAGAACAAAAGAUUGUAAUUUGAUAUUUUCUAUAUAAGCCAUGUUUACAGACACAAAAUAAACCUUAAAGAGAAACAAAACAGCAAAUCU